UGGAGCACAUCGUAACGGGAAAGGCAUAAUCUAAAUAGCACUCAGUCUCAGUAGUUCUAUAUUUUGAAACAAAAUUCAUUUUGAAACGAAAUGAGGGAAAUAGUUCAUCUUCAAGCCGGACAAUGUGGAAACCAGAUCGGAGCUAAGUUCCGGGUGGUAAUUUCUGAUGAGCACUGUAUCCAACCCCAUUGGCUACUAUACCGCGGGGAAUCAACCUCCUGCUAGAGAGAAUUGCAUCUUCUACAGCAGUGGUCAAAAUUAGCGCAAGCCCUGCACUGGAGGCAAGUAUGUUCCACGUGCAGUGCUUGUGGACCUUGAGCCAGGGACCAUGGACUCUGUGCGCUCUGGGCCAUUCGGUCAGAUCUUCCGGCCGGACAACUUUGUGUUCGGACAGAGCGGUGCUGGCAACAAUUGGGCUAAAGGUCACUACACGGAGGGCGCUGAGCUUGUGGACUCUGUGCUUGAUGUGGUACGUAAGGAGGCAGAGAACUGUGACUGUCUGCAGGGCUUCCAGCUGACUCACUCCCUGGGCGGUGGCACUGGCUCCGGUUUGGGAACACUGAUGAUCAGCAAGAUCCGUGAAGAGUACCCCGACAGAAUCAUGCUGACCUUCUCCGUUGUACCAUCACCCAAAGUAUCAGACACUGUAGUAGAACCCUACAAUGCAACCCUGUCAGUCCACCAGUUGGUGGAGAACACUGACGAGACCUACUGUAUCGACAACGAGGCUCUGUACGACAUCUGCUUUAGGACCCUGAAACUGACCACUCCGACAUAUGGUGACCUGAACCAUCUCGUCUCUGCUACCAUGUCUGGUGUUACUACCUGUCUCCGUUUCCCCGGUCAGUUGAAUGCUGAUCUCCGUAAACUGGCCGUCAACAUGGUACCAUUCCCACGUCUCCACUUCUUCAUGCCCGGAUUCGCUCCACUCACUUCCCGUGGCAGCCAGCAGUACCGAGCACUCACUGUCCCUGAGCUGACCCAGCAGAUGUUUGACGCCAAGAACAUGAUGGCCGCCUGUGACCCGCGUCAUGGCAGGUACCUGACUGUCGCUUGCAUCUUCCGUGGACGCAUGUCCAUGAAAGAGGUCGACGAACAAAUGUUGAACAUUCAGAACAAAAAUAGCAGCUACUUUGUUGAAUGGAUCCCCAACAACGUGAAGACUGCUGUGUGUGACAUUCCUCCCCGUGGCCUCAAGAUGUCUGGCACGUUUAUCGGCAACAGCACAGCCAUCCAGGAACUGUUCAAGCGCAUCUCCGAGCAGUUCACAUGCAUGUUCCGGCGUAAGGCUUUCCUCCAUUGGUACACUGGCGAGGGCAUGGACGAGAUGGAGUUCACCGAGGCUGAGUCAAACAUGAAUGAUCUGGUGUCUGAGUACCAGCAAUAUCAGGAUGCCACAGCAGAAGAGGAAGGAGAAUUUGAUGAAGAGGAGGAGGGCGAGGUGGAGUAAACUCCGCUUACAGGGGAAAAUGGUGUAGGACAAUUUUUAAACUUAACUACCUGUUUUACUAUAUGUAGAGUCGUAUGCACAAGAAUAUAGACAAUAAAAUACUGUUGUUUAUUCAUCCAGUUCAUUUAAGUGUGUCAUAUGUCAUCUUAUCCUUUGUCAACAUAUUUUUAUUGGUAACAAAACCAUGUGAUAAUAAAGUUAUGACUUGA